AUGUCUGCCCCCACAACUUUCCGCAAGCUCCAAGCAUUUGAAGUUGGUAAUGACUUUAACAAGGUGACAAAGGUGGUCUCUGUCAACUACAAAGAUUUGAUUCAAAACUUGAAGCCCAACAACGUUGUUGUAAAGAACUUUUAUGUUGGUAUCAAUGCCUCUGAUAUCAAUUUCACCAAUGGCAAAUACAUCCCUGAUAUCAAGCCUCCUUUUGAUGUCGGUUUCGAAGCUCUCGGUGAGAUUGUUGCUGUAGGUUCCAACGUCUCUAAAGACAAGAUUGGUUCUCACGUCAUCUACACACAAUACGGUGCUUUCGCUGAAUACGUCGAGAUCUCUCACAAAGCUGUCAUUCCUGUUCCUAAUGCUAGACCUGAACUUCUAGGCCUUUUGACGUCUGGUUUAACUGCCUCGAUUGCUUUGGCUGAAACUGGCCGCAUGACCAAGGGAGAGACUGUCCUUGUAACUGCAGCUGCUGGUGGUGCUGGACAAAUUGCUGUACAAUUAGCCAAAUUGGCUGGCAAUCACGUUAUUGGUACAUGCUCCAACGAUGACAAGGUGGCCAUGCUUAAGGAAAUGGGCUGUGACAGAGUCAUCAACUACAAAAAGGAAGAUUUCAAGGCAGUGAUGAAGAAAGAAUACCCCCGUGGCGUUGAUAUCAUCUUUGAAAGUGUAGGCGGUAACUUUUUCGACAUUUGCCUCAAGAGUCUUGCUGUCCGUGGUCGUUUGAUUGUUAUCGGCACAGUGUCUACUUAUGCUGAUGCUAAUGGCAUGGCUGGCGACAAUGUAAAUACGUUGAAGCUCCUUGGUACUUCCCGCACUGUUGCUGGUUUCUUCAUGCCUGAUUACAAGGAGUUCUCUGCGUCUCACAUGGCCAACAUGAUCAAGCUAGUCAAGGAAGGUAAGCUCAAGGUGCUCAUUGAUAACGGCGGUUUGAGCGGCAUUGAUUCCGUGGCUGCUGGUGUUGCUUACUUGCACUCUGGAAAGAACAAGGGAAAGGUUGUGAUCCCUCUGAUUGAUGGUAAAUCAUCCAAAAUUUAA